AUGGCAAGAACAAUAUUGGAGUGGAAAAGGUUUUGCCUUAAAUACAUUCCUUUAAGACGAGUUGUCAUUAGCACAAAUUUUUAUGCUCUAUGGCUAACUUACUCAGAUGUAAUCCAGUUCUUGCCCGCUUAUGUGAAGCUAUGGGGUCAAAUGUUAAUUUCUUCGUGGAAAAGUACAGGCGGUUUUGAUCUAUCCUUUUUUCCAUUUUGUUUUCGAAUUUUAAAAGUUUUUACGAAAUUUUGUUUCCUUGGAAGUCUAGAACCAUCUAGAAAUAGUACCCCAGCUGGCUUCCUCCUGAUUGACUAUUACGACGCAGAGGUUCGCUUUCAAUGUCCCUCCAACCACGUUCAGGUUAUGACCAAUCGUGGUCCAAAGGUACUUAGGAAAAAAUGUCAACAUAAAAUAAACAAACUUGUACCUACUGAGCCGUUUGAUCAGCUUGAAAAUGGUCUCCUUAUGUAUGUAACAAACCCAAAGGUACACUUGAGUAAAGCGUCAUAUAUACGUGACACGUGUUCUCCACCACUUUAUGGUAAGAAAUUCCAUAAAACUUCAUCAAAAAACUGUUUUUUUGACUCCAAAACUAUGCGUUUAUUUCUGAAUAUAGAUAGUUUUAACCGGAAUUUUCGUAAUCCACCAAUUAAUUUUAAUUUAUUUAAACAAAUUGUGACGAAAAAGAUAUUUAAGUCAAGACCUUCAGUUGGUAUGCGGCUACAAAAACAGCCGUGGUUCAAUUUAGCAUUUCAUAAAUUACUUUCAAUGCAAAAUUUUAGACAAUCGUGGUUUUUAAAAUGCUUCCUUCUGACAUCCUUCCUGCAAAAUUUUUACUUUAUUGAUAUUAUAAGAAUAGUUUUUCUUCAACUUUGCCAGAAUUAUCUCCCUCCUUUUCUUCUUCUUCUGCCCAAAAAUACUCCUCCUCCCCGCAGUCAAUGCAAAGGACUAAAGUGCAGCAUUGGACUUUCUCACAAGAAAACUUUACAAUCCGUGUCUUCUGAAAAGGGGUUACUGGACUUCCCUCUGACCGAUUCUAUAGACGUGACUCAUUCCAGAGAAGACAUUUCUCUUUUAACAAAUUUUGAUGUAACAACCGCAUUUGUUUUACUAUGCAACCCUUCUUGGUCACCCAGUAAUGAGGUUGUAAGAUUCAUGAAGUUGAGAGUAGUUAGCAACCCACGUCACUUUGUUUUUUUGCUUAGAGUUUUGGCGAACUCUCAAAAAUUGUGUCCGGCAUUAUUGCCAUUUGCUAAUAAAGCAUAUAUUCUACAAAAAAUGGAAUAG